AUGGAUACUCCAUCGUCAAUAAGCCUCAGACCAAUCCUCCCUCGUCCAACAACAAUACCAGACGCGACUCCAUUACCAAGAUCAACCAGCGACUUGGCAAUACCCCGCAAAACCAAGGUCAUCUCUGCUUGCCAAGCCUGCAAGCUGAAAAAGAUAAAAUGCGAUGGUGAUCGACCUGAAUGUGGGCCUUGUAUAUCAAAAGGUCGAGAUUGCGAGUAUCCUGUUCAAGCGAACCGUUCAGAAAUUCUCAUACGGCAACAGCAAGCUUUACAAGAGAAUGUUGAGUCAUUCGCGGCCCUGUAUCGGUAUUUGCAAGAACGGCCUGCCAACGAAGCCAAUAGUCUUUUUGAACGAAUUCGCGAUGGUUUCGGUAUUGAAGCCGCCCUUGAGUUUGUGAAAAGUGAGGGCAGUAGUUCUGCUUUAGCUGGUGACGAUCCGCCGAGUGCGAGAGUGAAAUUGAGUCAGCAGAUUCACGACUGCAAUCUACUCUUUGAGAACGAGCUUUUAUCAACCGAGACUUCUGAGGUUGCUGUUCAAGCUUUGCGCGAUGGCGUGGAUUGUUAUUUCUUGUACCUGGGUACCAUUUUUCCCAUUUACACGCGAAGGGAAGCUGAUUCCAUCAUUGACACUUUUCUUGCGAGUCAAGAAGCAAAAGCAGAUCAGAUCAUCAGCAGGAAGAUUGCAUAUGGAGAGCUACUAGCAAUCUGUGCCCUGGGCUUCCAAUAUGAUCGUCAGACUUUGCCAAAUGGCAAUGCAUCUAUUUGCACGCCAUUUUAUCAGAAAGCUCGGUUGUUUCUUGAUUAUGCCGUGGAGAAGGCUCCUCUGCGCGCAAUGAAGAUAUGCUGCUGCUUGGGAAUAUACAAUGUCAUCGCCAAGUCAUCAUUGGCAAUAUCUUAUACAGAUUGGGGUAUUCUUCUAGGAUCCUCAAGCGGACUAGGUGUUGGGAAGAGGCCCCCCGGUCUUUCAGAACAGGACUUUAACGGAUAUAUCAAGACUUUUACUGCACUCACCACAGUACGAAGUUGGGUAACGGCUACGCUUGGGCAUAUCCCUAGCCCAGAGGUUUCCAGGUGUAUUCAUGAAACAAGGGAGCAGAUAGACAAUACCGGCGCUCUUGACUCCGCGGCAGAGGACCCUGUUAUCGGCAUACUUCAGCAGAAGAUGGCUCAAAUCACAGUCCUCAAAGCCAACAUCCUCCGAACAGUAGCAUGUUUCAGGGUUUUAUCACCAGCUACACUGAGACAGAUGCACCAAGAUCUCGAGUUAUGGCGAUCCAGUCUGCCUGUCUACAUGCGUCUCGAGGCUUUGGUCCAUCCGCCAGAGAUUUCUGCUGACCAGCGUCGGGUCACGUUCUACAUGCACCUCUUUUACAUGUCUGCUCUCAUUCUCAAGACCAGGGCCCUGCUUGCUACUCGGAAGGAUAUAGCGGCAUGUACCUGGGAUCCGGAAGCCAUCGCUGCUAUCUUCGAGGGUAUACAGGGAGCCCGCGGUUCAGCUCGGCUUUUGGCGCAGAUUUACGAGGAGAAAGCCGUGGUGAAGAACUGCUGGUUAACUAUAUAUCAAUCCUACGUCACCUUCCUGAUGCUGAACUUCACUGCGAUCAAAAGCUUCCUUGUUGGUGGCACCGCGGCAUUUAGGCAGCAAGACGUCAUCCUUUCAAGCACGUGUAUCGAUAUUCUUGCAUUAUGUGCCACUAAGGACAGGAUAGCGUGCUCCUUUUACACUCGACUAACGAAAUACCGGGAUACAAUAAAAGAGCAACUAGCAGAAUACCCAGAAAACACACCAGAGGAUUCUUUCUCGUACGAGGAUGGGUCAUUCGAUGACGACUCAUAUCUAUUUAUCGAGUCAAGUGGCAAUACCAAACUUCAUCAGUUGAUGUAUGAACUACGGGAGUUGCUGUGCUAUCCCUUGACACUUCUCAAGGGAAGUUCGGAGGCUAACAUGCCGUACCCUACUAUUGUUGAAGCAUCUGUUAACGCCGACAUCAACUUUGCCCAUCACCUCGCCUCACCGUUCAAUAUGGCUGAAGAUGAGGUCCCGAUUGGCUUGUUCCCACCUGAGGAUAGUCUCAAGGAGAGUCAAAACCGUAGAACCGAGACCGAGGGCUACGUAAGUGGCUCUGUGCCUUUUGGAUGGGACGUUUCAGCCUGGAGAGGAGACCCAGGAGUUGGGGACUCGAAUAUUUCUUAA